AUGUGUUCCAUUCCCGGCCUCCCCACGCCAGGAUCAGAAGUAACGAUCGAGAUCAGGAGGGUGAACACAAACCCAAAAUGUGGUCUUGUGGAGCUUUGGGUCAACAUUGACGUCAGCAGAAAGCAAGCCUAUGAUCAGAUGAAGAAAAAGAUACAGCUUCCAAAAAGAAAUCUUUGCGCCUCUGAAGGAAAAAUAGGGGAUAUGUGUCUGGUUUGCAUGGGCAACGUGUGGCACAGGGCUCGCAUCGUGUCCAUCCAAAGUGACACCUGCCAGGUCUUCCUUCUUGAUCAAGGAGAGCCUUACGUUAGCACCCGGGACUCUCUAGCGUGGGGUCAUUCUGACAGUUUCUUCCUCCCUCCGGAAAUCGAGUCCUGUAUCCUUGCCAAUGUCCUGUCUCUCAAGGAAAACUGGUCCAAAAAAGCGAUCAGUUUCUUGUCAUCCCUCCCCGAAAAGACGCUAAAUGGUGUGGUCCAGCACGUCUUGAUGCCAGACAGGACAAUUCUCCUUGACAUACCCUUUGUCUCCAAGCAAAUGUGCACCCUUGGUGCUAUGAGGAAGCUCCCGGCGGAUGAGUUCAAAGGAGUCGUACUCGAAUGUUUGACUCCACUCAAAGACGAUGCAACCAUCACCGCAAUCACCCAGGAUCGGAGUGUGAACGUCCAACUUGACGACCGCUACUUCUACCCUGAACUGCUCUGUGGCGUAUAUGAGACAGUUUAUGUAACAGAAGUGACCGAUCCUCAAAAUGUAUUCUGCAGUCUGCUGAUUUACUCCAAAGCAUUGAAGAGUCUGUCAGAAGAGAUCCAAGAGUUCUACAAGGACUUGGAUUCCGGAGGGGAACGACCUCAAACCUGCGGAGAUCCGUGUGCUGCCAGAGGAAAUAAUGGCACGUGGUAUCGUUCGUUACUCAAGCAAAGCAUCAGGACCGAUGAUGAACUUGUCGAAGUUGCUCACGUAGAUGUCGGGAAAAACGAGCACGUGUCGGUAGGAUGCAUCCGACACAUGGCGAGAAAAUUCCUGAGGAUGCCUGUGGUCACAUAUCACUUCUCCCUUCACGGAGCGGAUGGCACCAGGUGGACGGCAAAGCAGAACAAAUAUCUGAAGUCGAUAUUGCUGAACAAAACCUUUGUGGUUAAGCUAGAGAAGCAGUUCCAAGACACUUAUAGCGUCACGUUCUACGGUGGGAAUGUUGCAUGUAUGACAGCAGAAGUUGUCCCUUCUGCUCAGGAUGAAGCACAGCAGACAGAAAUCCAGAUUACGACGCCGUCAGGGGAGCAGGAUGAUGAGCAGAACCUCGUCAUUUUAAAUGUCAAGAGCUUACUAGAGGAACCCUUGUCAAGUACAGAGAAUGAACUAGAUACUGGCACUUCCCCUUCUAGUCUUUGUCAUGAGAAGACUAUUAAUGACCAAUGUUCUAAAGUCUCUCAUCAUGGCACUUCCCCUUCUAGUCUUUGUCAUGAGAAGACUAUUAAUGACCAAUGUUCUAAAGUCUCUCAUCAUGAGCAUGUGUUGUCUGUUGGAAGUACUGUAGACGUGACUGUAUCCUGUGUCGAAGGUCCUCAGAAGUUCUGGUGUCAAAGGACUAUAAAUGAAGAGAAUCUGCGACGGAUGAUGGAAGAUCUGCAAAACCACUACACCUCUGUCCAACCUCUGCCCAUUGUUAAGGGCACCUGUGUUGCUCGAAACCCAGAAGACGGUGUGUGGUACAGGGCAAGGAUUGUUACUAGUCAGCAUUUUCCCGAAGUGGACGUACAGUUUUUGGAUUACGGUGGUACACGAAGUGUGCCCCUUGGAGAUGUAUGUCCCAUUGAGCCAGGGUUCCUGGAGGUUGAACCGCAGGCUUUUCAGUGUUGCCUCUUCAACACAAAGGCUAAUUCUGCAUCAGCCGUGUUUCCGGUGACAGCUGAUUCUCAAAACACUGGAUUCAAAUGCACCAUAAAAGAUAUAAUUUGCGAUGAAGGGGGGCAACCGGUUAUCGUCGUAGACUUCGAAAUGCCGGCUCAAAGCGCUUGCAGUCUGCUCUCUCCAAUGGAUACCUAUAAUUAUUCCAUAUACGAUAUAAAAUUGGGCACAAAAGAAAAGGCAUGGAUAACCUCUUCGGAAACAGUACAUAGCUUCUUCUGCCAGCUCGACAGAAAUUCUCAUUUGUUUGACAAAGUGAAGGCAGAUAUCAAAAAGCAAGUCUGCAAGUCACAGCGUUCAGAUGAACUCCUAAAAUCCAACGCCCUUUGCCUUGCACGGUAUGUUGACGACGAAUGGUACAGAGGUCAAGUGGUCCAGACAUCUCCAGAACUCAAGGUGCUCUUUGUGGACUACGGCGAGACCCUCACAGUGAAUGCAUCUGAUGUUCAACCUUUGCCUGCCAGAGCUAGCCUGGCAAAGUCAGUCCCUGUACUGGCUGUUCAGCUCGGACUUUUCGGUCUUCCGGCCGACAUACCCAAAGAGGUCAACCAGUGGUUUGCAAAUAACGCCAUUGGCACAACUGUGACGGUUUCUGUGGUGGCCAAAGGCGCUGACGGGAAGCUUUUGGUGGAAUUAUUUGAAGGGCUGCUGAAUAUCAAUAUGAUUGUCCGGGAGAAGGUAGCACUCGUGGAACACGCAAAGACCAACCAAGAUCUACGGGUCACGCCACUUAAGGAGUUGUUACCUGAAGAAAUCACAUUUAUAUCAGAAUUAGGAGAGCAAAAUAAAGAUCAAAACAUCAAUGGAAAUUGUGCUUCAGAUGAGCAGGUGUUGGAGAAGUCUCAGAACCAAACUCUUGGACCUGUACCCGAGUGUGAAAAAAAUAUAAUUUACGAGGAAUGUUUGAAUGGCACUCCAGAGGUUUUGGUAGAGACCCCAAAAGAGAUCAAUGCUGUCACGUCAACAUCUGAGAAGAUCUUUGCAUAUCACAGCCCAGUCAUAUCUCACCACACGUCCGAGGAGAUGUACGCCUCCUGCAUUGUGGGACCUAGUUACUUCUGGUGUCAGUUCGCCCAAACUGAAAACCUGGACACGGUGUCAAGACUCACCCAGAGCAUCGGUGAGACUUUAAAGGAUGCAGAGGUCCCCAAGAAUUUGGAUCCCGGCAGUCCCUGCCUUGCCCUAUUUUCCGAAGACUCCCAGUGGUAUCGCGCUCAAGUGCUUUGGAAGACCGACAGCACAGUUUGUGUGGUGUUUGUGGACUACGGCAAUGAGUCUGAGGUGGACAAUAAAGAUGUGAGAUACCUCCCACAGUCUCUGAUUGAACAUGCUCCUCAGGCCUUGUUGUGUUCUUUGGAUGGAUUUGACAAGUCCAAGGGAUCGUGGGAUGAUCAAGUUUACGAAGAGUUCUACAAUGUCCUAGUGGAUCAGCUUCUCACCGUGACAGUUCUCAGUGCACAAGAACAUUCAGAGUGUGCCUUUCAAGAACACUCAGUAAAAGUCCAAUGCGGAGGUCAAGAUUUGAAUGAGGCCAUGCGAAAAUUCUGGAAACCUAUUUCCACACAGCCUGAGAAUGAAAAGAUUCAAACAGCCAGCAACCCACCACAACCAUCCAACAUGACCCACCUUGAGGAAAAUCCAAGAUUAUUCUCAUACAAGAUGCCAAACAUCCCGUUAAACAAAGCUGAGAUGGUCUACACUUCGUGUGUGGUGGAGCCCCAUUUUUUCUGGUGUCAGUUUGCCGACACCGAGGACCUCAGCGAUGUGGUGAAACUGGCACAGGAAGCCGGACAAAUAGAACCAGAUUCUUCGUCCUCAAGCACCUUUGGACCAGGUAGCCCUUGCCUUGCGCUCUUCUCUGCAGACGAACAGUGGUAUCGAGCGCUGAUCAUGAGCCGACAAGACGAUGAAGUCCAUGUUGUGUUUAUCGACUACGGCAACGAAUCGGACGUGGACGUGAAAAACGUGAGACCUCUCUGUCAAACUCUGCAGGAGUAUACACCCCAGGCUUUUUUGUGCUCUUUGAACGGAUUUGACCAGUCUAAGGGCACCUGGGAGAUUGAAGUCUAUGACGACUUUUACAAUCUUCUAGUGGAUAAACCCAUCGUCGUGACGGUGUCCCAUAUAGAAGAAUAUGCGGAGAUGAUGCUUCCUCAGCAUGUGGUGGAAAUCAAUUGUGAGGGAACGUCUGUCAAUGCAGUGAUGCAGAAAUACUGGAAACCAACUUCUUGA